AGAGAGAGAGAGAGAGAGAGAGAGAGAGAAUAUGUUGAAGGCUCAAGUGAAUCAGUCUGAGUCUGGUCGGGCGCUUGCGCUGCAAUUUCACAAGUCUUUCGUGCCCGGUCAUGGUAGUGCAAUGCUCCUACCUCAGGGGCCAGCAGCGCCGGCUCUCGGUCAAAAGCAAAAGAAGUACUGGUCCGUCAAGGCCGUCUCCAAAGAAAUUAAAGCUAAAGCGGUCGCCGCUGGACCGGCUUUGGCAGAAUCUGUGAGAGUUAAGGCGGUAGUUACAGUGCAACUAACGUGCGGCGGGGUCUUCUCAGACAAUUGGUGGGAGAGACGCCUCGAUGACUUUACUGACCUUCUUCAUAAAACGUUGUUAUUGGAGCUCGUUAGCUCAGACCUUGAUCCUCUGACUGGGAUGGAGAAGGAGACCAUCACGGGAUAUGCUCGUUGGGUUGGUAAAGAGGAGAACGAGCUCAAGUAUGAGACCGAGAUUGUGGUUCCAGAGGGUUUCGGGGAAGUGGGGGCAGUUUUGGUGGAGAAUGAGCAUCACGCGGAGAUGUACCUCAAGACCAUUGUCCUUGGUGGCUUCCCUAACGGCCCUCUUAACAUCGCCUGCAAUUCAUUUGUUCAUAGCAAGUUUGAUAACAAAGAGAAGAGGGUCUUCUUCACUAAUAAGUCAUACUUGCAAUUUGCGACUCCGGGUGGGCUGAAGAGGUUGAGAGAGAGGGAGCUAGAGAUCCUGCGUGGGGACGGCAAGGAAGAGCGUAAGAAGUACGAGAGGAUCUACGACUACGACACCUACAAUGAUUUGGGGGACCCCGACAACAAUACAGCUGACUUGGCACGCCCUGUUCUUGGCGGCCGCCACCACCCUUAUCCUAGACGUUGUAGAACUGGACGCCCUCAUUGCAACAACGAUCCCACAUCCGAGAAAAAGAGUGGAAGUAUGUAUGUGCCGAGAGAUGAGGCAUUUUCUGAUGUCAAGAACUGGGAUUUCAAUGCCAAGAAAUACAAGUCAGCGGCUCAUGGUCUGGUACCCUACCUUCAGACAAAACUCCUCAAUCCAGAACUCGGAUUCCCCUACUUCACAAAAAUUGAUUCACUAUUCAAUGAAGGGCUUACGCUACCUAAGCCUAAAAAUCAAUCUUGGGUAUUGAACUUGCUUUUACCAAGGCUUGUCAAGGCCCUUAAUGACGCAGGAGAUGAGCUCUUGCUCUUUGAGGUCCCUGAGACCAUAAACAGAGACAAAUUCUCUUGGUUUAGGGAUGAGGAAUUCUCGCGCCAGACUCUUGCAGGGCUUAACCCCUUCAGCCUUCAGUUGGUCACGGAAUGGCCGUUGAAGAGCAAACUCGACCCUGAGACCUAUGGCCCAGCUGAGUCUGCAAUUACUGCAGAACUAGUCGAACGAGAGAUCAAAGGUGUCAUGACAGUUGAUGAGGCCAUAGAGAGAAAGAAACUGUUCAUGUUAGAAUACCAUGAUCUGUUGUUACCUUACGUACACAAAGUGAGAGAGAUCAAAGGAACAACAUUGUAUGGGUCACGGACGUUGUUCAUGCUCACCCAUGAUGGCACAUUGAGACCUCUAGCAAUUGAGCUCACUCGGCCACCUAAAGAUGACAAGCCUAUGUGGAGGGAAGUGUUCACCCCUGGUUGGGAUGCCACAGGCUGCUGGCUAUGGAGACUCGCUAAAGCUCAUGUCUGUGCCCAUGACGCUGGCGUUCACCAGCUUAUCGUCCACUGGCUAAGGACACAUUGUUGUACUGAGCCUUAUAUAAUUGCAGCAAAUCGGCAACUAAGUGCGAUGCACCCAAUUUAUCGGUUGUUGCUGCCCCAUUUCCGGUACACGAUGGAGAUCAAUGCUCUUGCUCGGAUGUCCCUUAUAAAUGCUGGUGGGAUCAUUGAGAGCACCUUCUUUCCAGGAAAGUAUUCAAUGGAGCUCAGCUCUGUGUAUUAUGACAAAUAUUGGAGGUUUGAUAUGGAGGCUUUGCCUGCAGACUUGAUUAGAAGAGGAAUGGCUGUUGAGGAUCCAACUGCUGAGCAUGGUCUAAGGCUAACAAUUGAGGAUUAUCCAUUUGCUAAUGAUGGUCUUAUUCUCUGGGAUGCACUUAAGCAAUGGGUGAGUGACUAUGUCAAUCACUACUAUCCAAAAGGUAGCUUUGUUGAAUCUGAUGAAGAACUCCAAGCAUGGUGGAAUGAGGUAAGAACCAAGGGCCAUGCAGACAAAAAGGAUGAGCCAUGGUGGCCUACCCUCAAAACUCAAGAUGAUUUAACCCAAGUGGUGACAACCAUCAUCUGGGUCACCUCCGGCCACCAUGCCGCCGUCAACUUCGGCCAAUACCACUACGCUGGAUACUUCCCCAACCGGCCAUCGAUCGCAAGGACGAAUAUGCCCACCGAGGAGCCAUUAGAGGAAGAAGAGUUCAAGAAUUUCUUGGCCAAACCUGAAUUUGCACUAUUGAAGUGUUUCCCUUCACAAAUUCAGGCUGCUACGGUGAUGGCCAUAUUGGAUGUGUUGUCUAAUCACUCUGUGGAUGAGGAGUACCUUGGAGGUGAGAUUGAACCAGCUUGGUCUGAGAAUCCAGUGAUAAAGGCAGCAUUUGAGAGGUUUAAUGGGAGACUAAUGGAACUUGAAGGGAUUAUUGACGCAAGGAAUCUAGAUUUGAAUUUGAAGAACAGAAGUGGUGCAGGAGUGGUACCUUAUGAGUUAUUGAAGCCACACUCAGAAGCUGGGGUCACUGGAAUGGGAGUUCCUUACAGCAUCUCCAUUUAAGACUUGGAUUUGUGUGGUCAGUUUUUGGUAAACAAUUUCAAAUAAAUCACAGUAUCUUCCUCUAAUCUGUUCCUUAUCCGAAGUUGGGGCUUGUAUGCUAUUUGGAGCCGGAACUUACUGUCCUCCUUAGAGUGUUUGAAGUUGUGGAUCUUUGAUUGGAGUUGUCUGUUUCCUAAUGUGUCACUGUUGGGUUCGCCUUCCCUGGGCUCCUUAAUCUCUUGGGUUUGUCCUUGAGAUUUCUUGGUGUAUCUUCUGGUACCUUUUAUAUUCAUCUUCUUUUUUAUCUAUUUAAAGUUGAUAUCUAUAAAUAAAUACCCUGUGUUUGAUAAUCAUUCUGUUUUAGAAA